UGUCUCUGCAUAUAGCUUUCAUCUCGAUCGACUCUUGUCGUUCGGUCACUCAAUGGUCUGUCUCACUCACUGGCAGGCAGUCGAAAAUUGCGAGUCAGACGCAUGGGAGCCAUACAGGAACGUACAGCCAGCCAACCAUACACACACGCCACAAAGUCGGUUGGUUCCUGAUCGACACACACCACACCAGACAGACACACGCAAGAGAUGCAUGGACGCGCGCCUCCAUCCCCCGCCCCAGCCGACGCCCCUACCAUGCAACAUUUAACGUCUGUCACCGCCAGCCGGCAAUGGGCGCCUGACGCACGGCGGCACCACCCAUCGGCCGUCGGCCAACCACAGCCGCAGCUGCAGGGGCUGGGUGUGGGUGUGAGUAGGGGUACGGCACCGCCGCGGGUAUGUGAUAUGCUGGUGCUGGCGGGGGCGGUGGGGGUGCGGCUUUCUUCAACGGUGCUUGGGGUGGUGUGGCCAUGAUGACCUGGCGAGACACGGGGGGCCACUGCCGUGCUGCAAUGGGCGGAGGCGCCGCCUGAUCGACGAUUCAGAUGGCAGACACACCACACCACACCACAGCAGACACACAGGCACACACCAAUAUGACCUGCCUGUCAAGUACGGUACGCGCACAUCUGUCUCGCUCACCGUUUGCUGUCGCCUGGUGUCCCUCCUAGGGCCAGGUGCAGCAACAAAACGGCCAUGACUGGCAUUCUUGGCGAUCAUGGCAGCAGCAGGUGGCGCGUGCACAACACCUGGGGCGGGGAACGGACGAAGCGGGGCUCUGUUAGGAGGAUUCACAAGUGGGGCUUUCGGCUGGUGUGGCUGCGGCACUUUCGCGGGCACUCGAGACACAUACACACCUCUCUCCCGCGCCACAACAGGCGGCACCGGGCCGGGCUUCCUCCCUCCCUCCAGUUGAACAUGAUUCGCUGGCGGUGCCACAAGGACAGCAGGAGGAUGCACCCCAGGCGGCGCGACGGUUGGCAUGCCACUAGGCGGCUGCAGAGGUCGGUACACCACAGUAUUGCCAUGGUUCGCCGUCAGCUGAGGCGGGAGUUGGGGUGGGGGUGGCGCCUUCUUCGGAAUCGCAAAGCUCAUCAACCUCGGGUCGACCUGUAUCAUCCUCGGCGGGCUGGGCUGGGGGAACCGCGAGAUCGGCGUCAUAGGCCGGGGCGGCAAAGGCGUCACCAUCCCACCGUGGCUCGAUUCAAGUAUCGCCGGGGGCGACCAGAAUCCCGCCUCUCGUCGAGGCGCCAGCACCCUCCUGUCCCGGCGCAUUCCGCGUGGCGGCGCCUGAGGGCCGUGUGUGAGGAAUGGGGGCGUGGGCGGGGCCCUCUUCGGUGUGAUGGUGACCACUGCAGGGUGGUGGGUGAGGACCACCGGAGGCGUGAACGGCGGAGUGAGCAGGGCACUAGUGGACGGCUGGUACAUCAACGGGGAAAGCACCGCGCCGGAGCUCGACUUGGCGUACACGAUGGUCGGGGGGCUCACUGGAGCAGCAGCAGGCUUCUCAUCCUUGGCCGACGGACUUUCCUCCUCCUUCCUCUCCAUCUUGUGGCUCUUCUCCUCUCCUUUGUCCGGCGGCAUAUGAUCCUCCUUUGUCUUCUCAACGGUCUCGGCGGCAGCCUUGGCAGUCACGCCCGUCCCUCUCUUGGGGCUUUGGUUGCCUCGGUCCCGUGACGGCCUCGAAGCAUUCGGUGCGAACCUUGGAAUGGGCGGGCGGCGCUGCAAGUUGCUGGAGCGGCGGGUGGAUGAUGAGUCGAUGUCGGGUGAGUUGGGCGGCCGGCUCUUGUUGGCGAGUGAGGAGGGGGGCGGAGGGGCCUUGAAGUGCCUCGGCGGCGAACGAGCCCUCGCUGCCUCGCGAACCUACAAAAGAAAAGGUGCGUGUCUUGCUCUGUGUGUAUGGUAUGGUGGGUGUCUGAACAUGCACAGCACACCUCGACUGUCAUCUUGUGCGCCUUGGGUGGCGAUACAUCACGGUGUCUCACAGGCGGGGACAGCCGCAGGCUGUCUGACUGCUGGUGACGGCUGCACAACUCACCACCGACAGCAGCUGCAGUAGGUUGGGGCGUCUUGUCCUUCUCUCUCUCUGUCCCUUUGUCCCUCUCCCCCUCUCCAGCAACACCCUUGUCCACCGCUGGCUGCCGCGGCCGAGUGGGUGAGGUUCCCUGCCCGUUGCGAUUGUAAACAGGGAAACGGUCCACAGCCGCCAGCACGGCCUUGUCCUCCUUGCCCACCAGAAAGAUCUCCGUCGCAGCAUCAGACACCGUCUGCACGCCCGAGUCAACGGUAAGGAUGGGCUGCUGUUGCGGCUGGUGGUGGUGGGAUGCUUGUGCUUUGGGAGGGGUGGUUGUGUCUCUCGGCGAGUCGAAGCGGGGUGAGGUGAGGCGCAGGUUCAGCUUUGGGUAGGGCAGUGGCAGUGGGGGCCGGGUGAGGUACCGUCUGGGCAGCUUGGUGCGCCGGGGAGGGGGCGGCUCCUUCACCGAGGGAGGGUCGAAAAGGUUCUCGUCACUGCCGUUGCGCGAAUUGGUCUGCAACAGGCACACAAUCCACACCACAUCGAUACGCCAUUCCUAUCAAUGAUCUGUGGUUGGUGUCUCCUCUCCUACCUGGAAAAACGUGGACGGCCUUGUAGACUGAGUCCUCGACAUCUCUGCGCCGCACUCGCCCGUGGAAGCCCUCACGACCACUCGCGGAGCCGAAGGAGCCAUGUGAUUUUCCAUUUCGUUCAUGUAUACGACCGGCGGCGGGGUGGGGGGGACCGCCUUUUGGGACACAAACGCGGGAGGCCGUCCCAUCGGUGACUCGUUGCCGCCGUCAUCCGCGAUGGAGUUCACGAGCUCGUCAUCGUGGGAGAAGAUCGCCGCUUUCUUUGUGGCUGCUGCUGCUGCCGCUGCUGCCGCCGGUGGCGAGGCAGCCAGGCCACCCGACGGUGGUGCCUUCUUGACAGAGGUGGAGGCCUUCUCCUUCUCCCCCCUCCGUUUGGGCGGUGACGGGGAUCGGCUGCUGGAGGCGCUGCAGCUGGCCGAGCUGGUUAUCUCUUUCUUGCCCUUGGCGGCGCACUUCUCCCUGAGUUCCCUCAUCCGAUUGGCCUCCCUCUUCUCAUAUUGGUGGUCCAGCGUGUUCAUGAUUUCGGCGGGGUCGGGGUGGGCGGGGAACAUGCAGAGCCCCUUGUAGAUGGCGCGGCUCGUCAUGGACCACGAGACGCUCUCCCUGAUGCAGCGGUGCAGGUCUCUGUGGUCGUAGUUGAGGUAGAGAAUCGGCGUCCACACAAUACUGCAACACAGACAGACGCGGGGAGACAUGUCUCUAUGUGUGUGAGGGUGAGAGGAAAGGGGCUCACUCGAAGUAGUUUUCGAACAAGGGUCGGAGGAUCAGCGAAAUGGCAGAUGUCUUGUAGAACCACCGCCUUCGGCCGCGGGAGCCGCCCCGUCUGCUCCUGGAGUGAUGGCGGACCGUGCUGGGCGAGGGGUCCUCGAGCUUCACCCACUUCAUGCCCUCGCUCGUCAUGACCUCGCACGGCGCCACGGGCCUCCCCUUGUCAUCGUUGAUGUUCCUGAACCGAUUCAGCCCAUAUUCCAUCAUCGACCUGAUGGAUGCCAUGAGACACACAAGACAAUACAACACGUCCAUUUAUAAUUGGGGUUUGUCUCCACUGCUGGAUGGGUGCUGGGUGUGUGGUUACUUGAUUGCGUCCCACGACUUGACGAUGCUUGCGUUGAUGCUGCCCUGCGCCAGCCCGUGAGCGGCCCUUCCGGUGGGUGUGGCGGUGCUGACGGGCGAGGCCAGGUCGAUGAAGUACAUGACGGCGUGGCGGCCGGGAAAACCCCUCUCGCGCAUCGUUAUCUGCCCAACACCAGGGGAUCGGGAGUCAUAAAGUUGAUGUGUCCUGUGUCCUGUGUCCUGUGGCCUUCCUUACGGCGAAGAUGGUGUGGCUCCGUGAAGGGUUGGUGUCCACAUAAUCGGUCUCCUUCUCAACGUGUCUGAGAGAGAGAAGCGCCGGAGACAUAAACCAUAGGGAGGGGGGGGGGGCGUGCGGUGUGUGGUUACUUGGCCGCGUCUCCUUUGAAGAUGAGCUCGUACGCAUCCGACUCCGAGAACACUUCCACCUCUGUCAGACCCUCUAGGUCCAGCGACCGAUGCUUGAUCUCGUCAUACCAUCCGAUGGGGCACUCCCUCUCCCGAAUCGACACCUAGUGCAAGAAAACACACACAGGGAAAUAUGCCUCGCCUGUCCUCUCUGCCAGCCUCUCUGUCUGCCCCUCGCCACUCACCGGUUUGCCGCCGUCGAGGAGGUCAAGCACCUCCCCCCGGAAGAUCUCAAAGAAGGAAAUGCCGAACGAGACAUCACAGUGUCUUGGGAGCUUGGCGAGGAAUCGCUUGGGGCAGGGGAAGAUGGGCGGCUCGUAGCCGAACUCGCUGUCGUGCAUCUCCUCAACCUUGACUCGUUCCGUCCUGAUGCCCAGGUGGAUCCGGGGCUUGUUGUGUGCCAAUGAGAAGAGGGUCGAGAUGGCCCGGGGGAUGAGGCCGCGGUGGUCCACUGACCCAGGGCCGCCUGCAAGCAUCGAUCGCAGUCAUGACCCAGACGGAUGUCAGUGUGAGAGAGGUGCGUGGCCAUCCAACCCCCCCACGCACUGUGCACUGACUCACCGGUCAUGCCGAACGUCUUGCCGCUGUUUGGGGGCCCGAAGGCGAUGAACACGUUUGUCUGGAUAUUGAAGUAGAAGUCCCGCACACGCGUCUCCGCAGCCUUCUUGUACACUGCUUCCUGGGUCGUGGCUGCACAGCACAGCAGAGAGAGGGACGCACAAACGCCAGCCAAUGCAGCGAUCGAUCUCUCUGUGUGCGUCCCUCUCCUCUCUCCUCCUCUGUCUGUCUCUUCGCCUCUGUCUGUCUACCUGGAGCAAAAACCCAGUCGAAGAGAAAUCGGUAUCCCUCGCCGGCCUUGCCUCCGAAAAGGCCGCCGGAUCCCGUCGGUCCGGGGAAGAAGUGAACGUACUGAUCCCCAAACGUCAUGCCCGCCACCUUCUGGUCUGCAAUGAGCGACAAUGUCAUACAUAGGACAGGAUCUCGUCUCGCUGUCUCCUCUCUGUAGAUCCAUGCUGCAGACUGCAGUGUGGUGUGUGAGAGUGUGGACGGCGUCUCCCCACCCACCUGUGCCGAGACCCAUGGGCGGCAGAGGGGAACGGCCCAUGACGCAGUAGACGUUGCUGAACUCGUGUGAGUAGAGGCAGGUCUCCCAUCGGCCAGGGGGGUGCCCCACCUUCUGCGGUGAACCCUCAGACAGCAAACUCUGGAGACUGUGAGGGGCCAUUGCCAAGACAGAGGCUGAGACGGGG